UUUUAAUUCAACAAAUUAUUGUUAUCUGACAUUGAAAUUAAUUAAAAAAUAAAAAUAGAUACAUUUAUGCAAUGGAAUGAUUUAUUAUCAUCAUCUUCUUCAUCGUCGUCUUCAUCAGAUGAUGAGUUCAUAACCCAAUUUCUUCUGAGAACGGCCAACAAUAAAAAAAGAGUUCGCAACUUUCUUGAUGUUGUGGAGCUUUACUCCGACGAAGAGUUCCGUGAACAAUUUCGACUCCGAAGAGCUACAGCUGAAAGUAUAGUUGUCCGGUAUGAGGAGUCUGCUUUUUUUAAAAGGAAAGAGAGUGGCGGAGGCAAAAAAGAAAUAUCUGCCAAAACACAAAUGUAUAUUUUCCUCUGGUUUGCUGGAAAUAAAAAUUCAUACAGGGAAGUGGCCAAUUUAUUUGGUGUUGCGAUUUCCAGCGUUUAUAGGAUAAUAUCUAAUGUGCUGGAAUUUUUUUUCAAGUGUUCACCCAACUACAUAAAAUUCCCAAAAACCGAACAAGAAAAGCUUCAAGUUGCUUCUAAAUUUGAAAAGAUUGCAGGUUUUCCAAAGGUACUUGGAUGCGUGGAUGGGUGUUAUAUAUACAUACGAAAACCUGCAAACAAAAUCAGGUCAACGUAUGUUAACAGGCACGAUCUGUUAUCCCUUACCUUCCAAGGUAUUUGUGAUGCAGAUACUCGCUAUACCGAUGUCUUUGUUGGUGCCCCUAGCAAAAUUCAUGAUGCACGAAUUUUUCAACUUUCAUUCAUAAGCAAGGAAUUGCCACAACUUUGCGGAUCCGAGUAUCAUAUUUUGGGAGACGCGGCUUAUCCUUUAAGGGAAUAUCUUUUGACACCAGUCAAAGAUACCGGAAACAUGACGGAAAGACGAAGAAAAUACAAUAAAAAGUUAAGCCAAACAAGAGUAACAAUUGAAAAUUCUUUUGCCUUUAUCAAAACAUUGUUCCGGCAACUUAUGCGGCUGGACUUUCACACAGUUGAAAGAAUGUGUAAAUUUAUUCUUGCAGCAAGCAAGGGAGACGAAUGGAGUGUUCAAAGUCUAGACACUCCAGUGGAUUCAAGUGAUGAUACUGAAAUUGUUACCCAGCAAAGUGAUUGCAGCUUGCAGCGAGUGGGAGAGAAUAAAAGAAACCAAGUUGCAGAUAGUUUUUAA